AUGUCUGAUAUAGUCGUACCACUUCCUAGUUCAAGCAACGAUGUGAGUUUGACUCCGCAACACACUCCAAGUGGGGAACCCGUUACUAUAGAUUACAAAGGCGAUGAGUAUAAAGGAGUUACAUCCACAGCCGUUGUGACGAUUCCGGGUACUAGGAUAACUGACAUCAAUUUACCAGUACUAGCAGUUCAAAAACAAUCACCAGAUUCGGUUGGUAUCAAUCCAGAGUUUGAUGGAGUAUUUGGCUUUGCCUAUCCCUCGUUGUCAAAACAUCAUCCACCAAUCACUGCAAUGGAUGCUUUGUACACCAAUGAUGUCAUUCCCAAUAACGAGAUUGGUCUUCAACUAUGUCCGUAUGAAAUGACUUCAAAUAGCUUCAUCAAUAUAGGAAACACGGACGUAACUGCAAAAUGCGGAACGGAUGGAACAAGUAUUGCAUGGGUACAAUCACCAUCAGACGAUCAAUUUACUGUCAACAUCAAAAGCAUACUAGUCAAUGACGAACCAGUGGAUCUGCCCGAGGAAUUCCAAAAAACAAUAAUGGAAAAUGGACGUAUUUUGUACUCGAGUGUGGAAACAUGCUUUUUACAUAUGCGUUUUCCUGAAGUAGUCGUGGAUGUGCUGAUCAAUGCUAUUCUUGAUAGUGGUGCAAUCACUGUCAACAUUAAUAUAUUUAGUGACAAACUCGGAAAAGUAAUGGUUAAAAAAAUAUUUUCGCAAAACUACGCAAUGCUUGAAUCCGUUGUGUUUGCUAUAAAAGCUGGUCCAAAUGACAAUGCAAUUCUUGGUAUACCAUUUAUGGCCCAACUUGGAUUGACAUUUGAUCGAGCACAUAAACGCAUUGGGUUUGGUGCUGGAUGUGGAUGCGAAGUCUCGACUAGCAAAUAUCCUACUAUUUCAAACGGUUAUCGAGUGCUCUGGCCAUUAACACAGGUAACAAGGGACUUUAUCAGUUAUGUCGUUUAA